AUGCGCAGGGACACCAAGAAUCUUGAAAUAAACCCGCUGACUCCUGAGAUUGUCAAAUUAGAAGACGACUCUAGUUCUCCCAGUUUUAAUCCAAAGAAUCCUACGCGACUUGUCAUUCAUGGUUGGAUUUCAAAUGCCCAGAAUCUUCAUGGCUUCAGAGAUGCUUACAUUGCGGCCGGAGACGACUACAACAUUAUCCUCGUGGACUGGUCGGGGCCCGCAGCGGCCGACGUCCCCACUGCCGUCCAAAACGCGGUGCUGGUGGGCGACUACGUGGGGCAGGUGGUGAACCACCUGAUCGGAUCCCGCGGGUUGGACCCGGACCAACUCGUCAUCAUCGGGCACAGCAUGGGCGGUCACGUGGCGGGCAUCGUGGGCAACCGACUCGGUGGCCUUGCAGCUGAAGUCAUAGCGUUGGACCCCGCUAAUGAAAUUUUUGACGACAAUCCCUUGGAAGAUCAGUUAGAUAUAACAGAUGCAAAAUUUGUGCAAAUUAUCCACACAAAUGGAGGGGGUUUUGGACAACCAGAAAGUAGAGGACACGCAGAUUUUUUUCCGAAUGGCGGUAUAAAGCAAGCUGGAUGCGGAGAAGACAUAUCUGGAGGUUGCAGCCACAACAUUGUUCUUGACUUCUACAUCGAAUCCAUCGUUUCAAAAGAUUUCGUGGCUACGCUAUGCGCAAAUUACCACGAGUUUUCUCAGGGAGGUUGUAGCUCAAAUCAACAUGUGGCAAUGGGAGAAUGGACGCCAUUGAGCGUAUCAGGAUCUUAUUAUUUAAACACUAACCCCAAUUCACCGUUCGCCCAGGGUCAUACUGAACUUUAGCAGUUUUCAUAAUAUUCACAGUGAUACCAGAAUAAAAAAGUAUGAACAUAGAGUUAAAUAUGUUUAUUAACUGUUGUAAUUGAAAUUAAAUGUAUAAAACAUUAUUUCUGCAAUAAAAUUAUUGAAA